UCGGUCCCUGAACUAGUGUCCUCCCGGACUGGGGAGUGCAGCGCGGGGCGGGGACUCGCAGAGAGGAGAACAGCGCAUCAACCCCAGCGGGAGGCGCGCAGGUCUCGGGAUGCGGAAGGCGGGCAGGCGCCGCGCUCCUCUCCGCCCCCGCGAGCGAGACGGUCACGUGCAGCGGAGGGGCUGACCUCCGCGGGCGGGCCUGGGAGGGGCGCCGCGCCGGUGGUUCAGGGUCGCCCGAGGCUAGGCGCGAGGCGGGCACUUGCGCAGCGCGGGGCGGAGUGCGAGCCGGGGCCGGAACCGCCGCGGGUGGGGAAGGGCGGGGAGGAGCCUGGGAGCGCGCCGGCCACCGCAGGGGGAGGGGAGGGGAGGGGCGGGGCGGAGCCGCGGCCCGCGCGCCCGUCGGAGGGGGAGGGACAGAGCAGCCAUUGGGCGCGCUCAGGUUGGCCGCUGCGAGCGUGUGGCGAGCGUGGACCGCGGCGCGGCGGUGCGACUCCUUUCUCGGCCCUUCUCCCCGCCCCAGGCGAGGGCACCGUGUGGCGGCGGCGGGGCCAGCGAGGCCGGAGGAGGCGGCUGUGCCCGGGCAUGGUGGUCUGGGGCAACGCGGAAGGUGGAGGAGUUACUGAUGGCCAUGGAGAAGGUAAAACAGGAGCUGGAGUCCAUGAAGGCGACGCUGUCCUGCACUCAGCAGUCACUGGCAGAGAAGGAAACUCAUGUGACCAACCUUCGGGCCGAGAGAAGAAAACACUUAGAGGAAGUUCUGGAGAUGAACACAUGCAAAUGACAGUCCAGGCUCUCCAGGAUGAAUUGCGGAUCCAGAGGGACCUGAACCAGCUGUUUGAACAGGAUAGUAACAGUAGGACUGGUGAGCCUUGCGUGGCAGAGCUGACGGAGGAGAACUUUCAGAGGCUGCACACUGAGCAUGAGCGGCAGGCCAAGGAGCUGUUCCUCCUUCGAAAGACUCUGGAGGAGAUGGAGCUGCGGAUUGAGACUCAGAAGCAAACCCUGAACGCUCGGGACGAAUACAAGAAGCUUCUGGAGAUGUUGCAGAGCAAGGGGCUUUCUGCUAAGGCUACUGAGGAGGACCAUGAGAGAACAAGGAGACUGGCAGAGGCAGAGAUGCAUGUCCACCACCUCAAAAGCCCUUUGGAGCAGAAGGAAAAAGAGAACACUCUGUUGAGAGAGGAGAUGCAUCGGAGAUUUGAGAAUGCCCCUGAUUCUGCCAAAACUAAAGCUCUGCAAACUGUUAUCGAAAUGAAGGAUUCAAAAAUUUCCUCUAUGGAGCGUGGGCUCCGAGACUUGGAAGAGGAGAUUCAGAUGCUGAAAUCGAACGGGGCUUUGAGUACUGAAGAACGAGAGGAAGAAAUGAGGCAAAUGGAGGUCUAUCGGAGCCAUUCUAAAUUUAUGAAAAACAAGAUUGGUCAGGUGAAGCAGGAGCUGUCCAGAAAGGACACAGAACUACUAGCCCUACAGACAAAGCUAGAAACACUCACCAACCAGUUCUCAGACAGCAAGCAACACACUGAAGUGCUGAAGGAGUCCUUGACUGCUAAGGAGUCGAGGGCUGCCAUCCUGCAGAACGAGGUGGAUGCUCUGCGGUUGCGUUUGGAAGAGAAGGAAACCAUGCUGAAUAAGAAGACAAAACAAAUCCAGGACAUGGCUGAGGAGAAGGGGACACAAGCUGGGGAGAUCCAUGACCUCAAGGACAUGCUGGAUGUGAAGGAGCGGAAAGUUAAUGUCCUUCAGAAGAAGGUGGAGGAGUUACUGAUGGCCAUGGAGAAGGUAAAACAGGAGCUGGAGUCCAUGAAGGCGACGCUGUCCUGCACUCAGCAGUCACUGGCAGAGAAGGAAACUCAUGUGACCAACCUUCGGGCCGAGAGAAGAAAACACUUAGAGGAAGUUCUGGAGAUGAACAUCCUCCCCCAGAGCAACAACCACCGGGCUACCUACGAUGGAAAUCUCUCUCCAGAGGGGCUACAAUCAGAAAAAAAAAGAAGUUUCAGGUUUUAGCCUCCAGCACCCUUGGUUCAAGGGUAGACGUCCCUUCAGCAGAUUUCAAUCCUCCACACAAGUUCUGGGCUUACUGUACUCCACACGGAGAAGUGAAGAAGGAACCCUCACUACUCCUCCUGUACCUCAACUCUGCCAUUGUCAGACAGCACUGCACUUUGACCCUUUACCAUCUCAAGUAACAGCAUGCUUCUGAGAAAACAUAUCUUCCUGUCAAAAUGGAAAUGAGUUCCCCGACCAGGAAUCGAACCCGUGGCCCCUGCAGUGGAAGCGCGGAAUCCUAACGACUGGACCGCCAGGGAAUUCCCAACAAAUUAGUAUUUUAUUCAUCACAAUAGGAUCUACAUUUCAAAAAAAUAGGAGAGCAUAUAGAACUGAAAUAUUUAUUCAGCCUAUAGACAAUGCUUGGUAUGCAUAUGGAUAGCCGAUCCAAAAAUUCCACAGCCAAUUCAGGUAUGUUCUGCCAACAGACUGAGAACCAAACUUUGGUGUAUCACGGAAUCACCUGUAAAGCCUGUUAAAACUCCAUAUGCCUGGCCCCAGGCACUAACCACGUCUUGACUGUAGUUCAGUAUGUGUCCAAUAGAUGUCUUCACACUUCUAUCCAUCAAAGGAAAGGCACUCCAGUAAACAAUACAAAAUCUAACAAUAAGUCACGUAACAAUGUAAUUUCAGUACAAACAGAAAAUACAAUGCUUAAUUUAAUUUUUGUUUCUCUUCUUUGGCUUUUAUUUGGGGGAAUUAUUUACCUGCUAUCUCCAGAAUCAUGUUCAUAAACAAAAUGGAAGACUAAUCACAAAUGUUCCUGGAUAUGAAUGCCAUUUUAAUGUUACUGUAUUUCAUCAAAUCUAAGAUGCCACUGAUUGUAAGGUAAACCACUGUUUAAUCUGCUGGAAAGAAAAGAAGGAAAUGCCUCCAAAUAAACCAUGACCCAAGCUUCUAUCA